GACAGGAGGCGGUGGGUGGGCGCUGGCAGCCGAGGAGUGAACAGGACUUUGUUCCGAUUGCUCCCCGCACCUCCUCCACCCGAGCACUCACCUGCGUUGUGUCACUGCCAGAGCCACUGAGGAGGCGCAGGGAGAAGGAAAGGGUGGAGAGAGCCCGGCGCGGCAGCAUUUCCCGCACCUGUGGGAUGACUCAGCGGGCCCCUCGGCCCCCCAGCCCCGUGCGCGGCGCGGAGGGGCGCGCCGCCGGCGGGCCGGGGCGCCGCGCGUGACGGCGGGGAGCGCCGCGCUGGCCGGAGGGCUGCGGCAUGGCCGUGGGCUCCGGCAAGAUGCAGCCCCCGUGCGACAGCGCGGAGCCCGCCCUGAGCCGCAGGCCGAGCGCCCGGCACCACGAGCCGCAGCAGCAAGUGCAGCUGCGGCAGAAGCUGAGGGAGCUGCCGGCGCGGCUGCGGAGCGGGCUCACGCUGCGGAGGAAGAACCCCGCCGCCGGCGGCCGGAAUUUGUCCAGAAUAAUUUCAAAUCCAUAUCUGGAAAACCCUUCAAGCAAGAUUUAUGGAGAGAGUUCUUCAUGUGCUGGGAGAGCUCUCAGGAAUAUUUUUACAGUUCAAGCUUCUGACCUGAUUAAAGACAGAGUGUACCUUACAGGAAUUUGCAGAAGAAGCUGUGUUGGAUCAGAAUUGGUAGACUGGCUGUUGGAGCACUGUCCUUUUGUUAAGUGUCGAUCUACAGCAGUUGGUGUAUGGCAGCUCCUACUGGAUAUGGGAAUUGUGUUAUCAGUGGACAGACUACUCUAUUUUCAAGACACUCACGUUUUCUACCAGUUCUCAGCUGAUGAAUGUACUUACCUUUUCUGUGAAUUCGAAAGAGAUGAAGGAUGGCAAAAUGGUGUAAAACUCUUACUGCAGCUAGUGCCUCUUAUGUCACCCAGGGCUGCUAUAUGCAAUCUGCCUGGUCAAGAAAUAGAAGACACAGCAGAGACUAAUGCUGAAAUUCUCGCUCGCCUCACAUCUGCGGUACAGAAAGAACUAGUUGCUGUCAUUGCUUUGAAAGCAAGAAAGUCAGCAGUUUAUCAAAAUGAAGAAAACAGCAACCAGGAAACGAAAGGGCCAGAAGACUUCAAAUAUGCUUCUGAUGCACAGGCAGGGGUUUUAUGCAAGCUCCAGGAAAGAGAUGACAUUGGACGGAUUGAACUAGUUCAGAAGCUGGCAAGGGAAAACUGUCAGUUUUUGCAGGUGGAUAGAAAAGAACCAGAGAAGACAGAACAACAGAAUGAUGAAGUGUCUACUAUUCAAGUGAAGGAACAAGACCAAGAUGUUCUGCUGCUUAGGAAAGUGUCGUCACAUAGCCCAGCCCCCACAUCAGGGAGUGCUGAGAAUGAUUGGAGAUAUGUGGUGGUAUCGGGGACUCCAGAGAAGAUUUUGGAGCACCUUCUGAAUGACUUGCACCUGGAAGCAGUCCAAGACAAAGAGACAGAGACCCUCCUUGAUGACUUCCUUCUCACGUACACAGUCUUCAUGACAACUGAUGACUUAUGCCAGGCAUUGCUGAGACACUAUUGUGCUAAGAAUGAUCAAGGCAAGGAAGAAAAUGCAGAUGUUCCCUGUAGAAAACGAAAAGUCUUGCAUUUGGUGUCUCAGUGGACUUCUCUCUACAAAGACUGGUUACAUGAAGAUGAGCAUUUAAAGCAGUUUUUAAAGACAAUAUACAGAAAUGUGUUAGAUGAUGUAUAUGAAUAUCCCAUACUCGAGAAGGAAUUGAAAGAAUUUCAAAAGAUACUUGGAAUGCAUCGUCGUCACACCGUAGAUGAAUAUUCACCUCACAGAAAGAAUAAAGCCUUUUUCCACCAAUUCAGUCUCAAGGAGAACUGGCACCAGCACAAAGGCACCAUGAAUGAAACAGAGGAAAUUUUCUGCCGUGUGUAUAUAACAGAACAUUCCUAUGUCAGCGUAAAAACUAAAGUAUCCACUUCAGCUCAGGAGAUACUGAAAAUUAUAGCAGAAAAAAUCCAGCAUGCACAGGAGGACCUGACUCUGGUUACCAUCACAUUCUCCGGGGAAAAACAUGAACUGCAACCAAAUGACCUGGCUAUCUCAAAAUCUCUCGAGGCAACCAGUCGGAUGUAUGUCUACAGAAAAGAUCUGACUGAUACUUUGAAUCCAUAUGCUGAAAAUGAGGAAUCACGGCAAAGGUCUGUGAGAAUUUUGGGAAUUAACACCUGGGAUCUUGCCUUAGAAUUAACAUACUUUGAUUGGAGUCUCUUCAAUUCAAUUCAUGAGCAAGAGCUGAUAUACUUCACCUUCAGCAGACAGGGCAGUGGUGAAAACACUGUGAAUCUUAGUCUUCUGCUUCAAAGAUGCAAUGAAGUACAACUUUGGGUAGCCACAGAAAUACUCCUCUGCAGCCAGCUCUGUAAACGUGUACAGCUAGUGAAAAAAUUCAUCAAGAUUGCUGCCCACUGCAAAGCCCAAAGAAACCUGAACUCAUUCUUUGCCAUUGUUAUGGGUCUAAACACUGCAUCUGUCAGCCGGCUGUCUCAAACCUGGGAGAAAAUCCCUGGGAAGUUUAAGAAACUCUUCACUGAACUUGAAAGUUUGACAGACCCUUCUCUGAAUCACAAAGCCUACAGAGAUGCAUUCAAGAAAAUGAAGUCUCCGAAAAUUCCUUUCAUGCCCUUACUUCUGAAAGAUGUAACGUUCAUCCAUGAAGGAAAUAAAACUUUUCUGGAUAACCUUGUUAAUUUUGAAAAGCUGCACAUGAUUGCUGAUGCUGUCCGAUCAUUGAGACACUGCAGGAAUAACCAAUGUGGCAAUGAAGUUCCUCCAAAGGAGAAUCAAGAGCUGAAGCCACAUGUCUAUCACCUGCAUGUCAUUGACGACCAGCAAACGCUGUUUGAGCUUUCUCACCGGAUAGAGCCUCGAGCGUGAGCGCCCGCAGCUUCAUGUAACCUUGUAACUGCAGCACUUUUAAUUAAGUGAAUGUUUAUGCCAAGCAUGUUGCUUCCCUAUAUGAGAACAGUUUACUGAGUUUUAUCAGUAGUCACGUGAUACAGGAAAAUCAAGCAAAGCAAGAAAAGGAGCUGUUCACAGCAUUCCAGGGCAAGGAUAGUGCCAUUUCCAUUUAUCAUCGGAAAAGGAAGGAGAAGAGCAGCAUUGUUUAAGCUAAGAAACUUGGUUUAUGUGACCAUAUUGGUGGUCCAGUGUAACUUUCAAUCCAGACUCCGCCAGUAUUAGAGGGAAAGGAAGCAUCAUGUCACCAUAACAAAACAUUCCAGAAGCAACACUGUGACAUGGGGGUUCACAAUUCACCAUACAGUAUGGACCUCACUAACGUGAGGAUGCCAAAGUAUUGAUUGUUGGGGAAAAAAAAUACUGUGCAAUCCAUGUUGCUGCCCUGACUGCAAGGGAGUGUCUUAUUUGAGAGAACAGCAAACACCUCAGAAUGGGAAUAUAAAAAAUAACUUGUAUAAGACAGUGUUGCAUGUUAAUACAAUUGUGCGUCCUGAUUGGAGGUCAUAAGUCAACAAAAGCUGAUAUCUGAAAUGCUCCUAAUUUCACUUAAGAAUUUGCUUCAGAGCAGACAGUAAAAAGGUAAAUCUAAUCUUGAUACAGUUUAUGGAGACAAACACAGCAUUUCCCCUUUUGAGGGACCAAGAGGGCUAUCCUGCAACUCAAUUAGAGCAGUUCUUCCUCUAUGUAAAAGGUACAGGUUAAAAAACCUCUAUUACUUGCUCCCAUUCCAGUUAUCCUAGUUUGUCACUAACUUCUGCAGUUAGUAUGCUGUUGGUUAUUAAAAAGGGAGCUCAGUGCUUUCCUGCUUGGACUGUAGUCUCCUGUACACCUUCCGGAAGGCCAUCCUACUACUGAAUAAACAACAACAGGAAAUAUCCUGUUACAGACAGUAAAAUCUAACAUGCUGAGCAUAUGCUUUAUGUUUUGAAAGAAAAAAUGAGCAUAAUUUAUGUAUUACAGGUUCUCAUUCUCCAUAUGUAUGAAACCUGAAUAGGCUUUCAACAUUAUAUCCUUCUAACACUUCUCUUCCUCCACCCCUGCCCCAAUUUUCAUUUAGACAAAUCAAGGUAAUAUUCAUUGGCAUUACUGACUAUGUUUUAAGUCACGUUCGCAAUGUAUUCAUGUCUACAGUACCCUCUCAUCAUAAUAUUGUUUUUCAGGGCUAAGGAAUGGCCCAGAAAUAAUCUAGUAUAUACUAUAGAUGAUGUAAUGUGCUUUACAGUAAAUACAAUUUAUUGUAGAGAGCCUUAUAGCAAAAUCCUCUUUGCAGUGGCAGUGAAGGCGUACUGUCUGUCUGCCUGUCUGUAUUGUGUGUUUAUCACACAAGAAAGACUUCCAAGAAAAUGCUCCUUUCUUGACAUUUGGGUCCACCAGAAUGGCUGAAGUAGCGUGCUCUUCAUCAUAUUGUGAUCUGUGGUUUAAAGGGACAGAAAAGCACCUUUAACGAGUAGUUUUGGGGAAAUUCUGUCAGAUGCAUUCAGGUUUCCCAUCUGUGAAAUAUUGUACAGUUAUAAUGUAAAGGAAACAGAUGUUUCAGAAAUGUAUUUGUUUGUACUUUGGUAUUAUCAAAUACAAUAUGAUUUUUCUUUUUUUUAAAGAAAUCUUUUUACCCAGUAAAAAGAAGAAAAAUAAACUCUUGCUGGCCAUGGAGUAAAAAUUUCCUAUGUUUUUCUGUAAUGUGCUUGCACAUAUUGUAAAUAACUCUUCUGUGCAAAUAGACCAAAACGGUUCAAGUCAGGACACUAGCUUUAGUGGACUCAUUUUUGCAGUAUAAAAACACAAAUCACAAAUAAUGCUUGUUUUUUGUUUUGUUGCAGUUCGUAAAUUUUCACUGAGUCCCCUCCCUGGGUUCAUUAACUAAAACAUUCACUGAUUCUUAAGCUCCCCCUUGUUGAGAUCUUUUCAUUGUGGCACAACUGUAAUACACCUCACUGUAGACCUGAUUCAGUACCCUAGUUCAUAGUAAGUAGUUCUGUUGAAAUCAGCAGGACAGGUGCAUAGUAAAGUACUACUCAAUAUGAAUAAGGGUUUUAGAAAUGCACCUGUCUCUCAAUUCUCUGCAACUUUUACCCUACAAUAGCCUUGGUAGUAGUAGUUUACACCUCUCUGCUCGUGAAGCAACAGCGUGGUGGGAAGGAGCACGGUAAGGGGAGGGAAUGACCCUGCUCUCCACACUCAGGUUUGCAGUCCAACUAAAAAUUCUGUCAUCUAAAUGCCAAAUUUCAAACAUUGUCAUGCUACGUAAUUGUGUAUGAAGUCAGUCCUACAAACUGCAGCAGUUUACAUAGAGGUCUUUAUUAUCUGGAUACGUCUUCAGCUGUGAAAGGCAAAGUAUGUUUAGUGCAUCCACUCCAUGCAGAGAAUAUUUACCUUGUAGCCACAGUAUUAAUAGGGGGCAACUGCCCUGAACAUGCAGCAAAAAAAGGCCGGCAGGGUCCUCAUUUUGAAGUGGAGCCUGCCUUGAGACAGGCAAGCAUCUGAGGGAAAGAUGGUUGCGAGGACGACUAAAAAGGAAUACUAUGGAAUGGAGGAGACUGGGUGUAGCAUCCAUCCCCCAGUUUCUAGAUCUGGCAAUACUGUGGUCUUUAAUCACUAUCCCUCAAAAUACUAGCACUGUUAAUGCCAUUUUAGAAUAGUUACCGAAAAUCUUAAAUCUCAGUCUGACCCAACCACACACCAGAUUAAACUCUCUGUGUGUGUUUGUUAGUAGCUCAGAGCAGUUUUUAGACAAAACAAGGGAAGAGCGGGGUCACUCUACAGAUCUUUGAUUUGGGAUUUUGGCAUGUCACCUCUAGAUACUUCUGUGAUGUGUACUUCGGAUUUCAGCCCAAUUCUAGAUAGUUAACAAGCUGCGCUUAGAUGCCAGCGGCAAAAAAGGAUUACAUGUUGCCAAAACCAGAUUAAAAUAGUUCUGCUGGGGAAAAAAUACAAAGAAAGUUGUAAAUACUAAACUUUUUAGCAGAUUAAUAUUUAUUUGCAUAGUCUAUUUAUUGUAUUCUUAUUACACUAUUAAGAAAACUGGGAUGAAGUCAGUGAACUGACAUAAGAACAUUUGCCUGUUAUAUUUUCUUUAACUGGAGUGCCAUAAUACGGUCAGCCUGCAUUAACAAUAAAACAGUAGAAAACCCCAAAUCAAGGUAUUUACCUAACUUCUCAGGGACUACAGCUAGUAGUUAUCCACCAUUAUGAGAACUAGUAUGUAUGAAAUAGUCUGAUUUACCAAAAAUGUCACUGUUGCCAAUGUUUUCUUUUUCAUAUUUCAUGCUUGUACAUAUUAUUGUGUUGUGUAUUUAUGAGAGCUAGUAAGCAAUAAUUUAUAUGUCAAAAUGGCCAAGCAAUACAAGGUUAAAACUUGUAGAAGCAACUGUUGCAUUUAUCUUGCAUUUGCAAGUGUUUUUUAAUAUUUCUUUUCAAAAUAUAAAACUACAUUAAUGAAA